AUGAGCAUCGUCAAGACACGAGGAUUCAUCAAGACGGGCACAUCGUUAUCAAAUAAAAUCAAUUGGUAUUACGUGAAAAAUACAGAUAAUUUGACGAACUACAGAACAUUUUUAGAAUCAACAAAAAAAGACUUAAUAGAACUACUCAAGUCACUAUCAACAAAACAACCAAUUAAAUAUAAUCUUAAACUAGAAGCAACAUAUGAACGUCCGAACGUAGAAAAUUCAGCAGAAAAUAGAGCAUUUAAGACCUCAGCCAAGGAAAUGUUUAUGGAUACAGAUAUCGAAGCUAAAAUUAAUCAAGAUUUUCUCAAUCUUUUGUUAGAAGAAGAAAUGUAUACUUCUAAAGGAAGUGGAUUUACGUUACAAUCAAUAGAUGGUUUACUGUUAGGAGUAUAUAGUUAUUUCCCUAUGGGUGGUUCGUCUUAUAUUACACUUCCAGAGGACAUUAAAAAUAAAAAAGCAAUUAUCAAUCCCCAAAACUCAGACCAACAGUGCUUCAAGUGGGCAAUCCUAGCAAGACACGUUUCGGGUAAGGUUAAAAAUCAAGUGGCUGAAAAUUAUACAUCGCUCGAGGACAAAUAUAAUUUUUCUGAUAUAACAUUCCCAACACCUGUGAGGGAAAUAAAAACAUUUGAAAAAAAUAAUCCGAAAAUAUCAGUCAACGUUUAUGGAUUAAAAAAAGAAAAGAAUAAGAAACAUAUUGUUUAUCCACUUAAGGUUGUGGAUGAAGAAAAAAAAUAUCAUUCUGAUCUCUUACUAAUUACUGAUGGUCAUAAAAGCCACUACACCUACAUUUCGAACCUUUCGAGGCUUGUGAGAUCACAAAAAACAUCACACACCGAAAAUAUUGUAUUUUGCAAACGAUGUUUUACCAGUUUUGACAAUAUACAUACAAAAUAUAAGUUAAAAGGUCAGGCGGGACUUGAACAACACAAGUUGAUAUGUGGAGCACACAAGCCAAUUCUGCCUAAGAUGCCUGAUCCCGGUACAUUGUUAGAGUUCGAUGGGUGGAGUAACACUGAAAGACAUCCGUUCGCGAUAUAUGCCGAUUUCGAGGCACUCCUUGUUAAAUGCGAAGAAAAAAAAGGCAAGAAAACAGCAGCUUUUCAAAAGCACGAACCGAUGAGCUUUGGAUAUUUCGUUAAGGCUACAGAAAACGUUCCGAUUGAUUUGCUUGAGAAAUAUGACAUACCAACAUCACCUAUUAUUUAUCGCGGAAGCGAGUCACAUCAGGAUGUAGCCAAGCGUUUCGUUAAUGAAGUAACAGAGAUCGCGAGAAGAGUUCAAGAUUUACUUAAAACAAAUAAACCCAUCAUAAUGACAGAAAAAGAGCAAAUAGCACAUGUAUCGAAAAGUACAUGCAAUCUAUGUGAAUGUAAUUUUUCUAUCAAAAACCAAAAGGUGGCAGAUCACUGCCAUCUAUCAGGGACAUUUAGGCAAACUUUAUGCAAUACUUGCAACCUGAAACUCCAAAAACCUAACUUUAUACCGUGCUUUCUACACAAUUUGUCUAAUUACGAUGCACAUUUCAUCGUAACCGAACUCGGAAAUGACACUAAAUCAAUCUCAGUAAUUCCAAACAGCGAAGAAAAAUACAUUUCAUUUUCAAAACACGUUACCAACAACUUUUCAAUUCGAUUCAUAGACUCUUGUCGAUUCAUGGCAUCAAAGUUAUCAACACUCGCAGAAAAUUUAUUAACACCAGGGUUCAAGAAGUUCAGAGAAACCGCAAAAGCAUUCGCACCCAGAGAUAUGGAUCUCGUCACACGUAAGGGUGUAUACCCUUACGAGUUUACCGAUAGUUGGGACAAGUUAGAAGAAACGAUUUUGCCUCGGAAAGAAGAUUUUUAUAGCACAUUAACGGAAGAACAUAUAGACGAUGAGGAAUACGAACACGCAGUCACAGUAUGGAACCAUUUCAAAUGCAAAACCCUAGGAGAAUAUAGCGAUUUGUAUCUAAAAAUUGACGUGCUGCUGUUGGCUGACGUGUUUGAAAAUUUCAGAGACAUGUGCAUUUCUACAUACAAUUUAGACCCUGUUUACUACUUUACAGCUCCAGGUUUUAGUUUUGACUGUAUGUUGAAAUAUACCAAAGUCAAACUAGAAUUACUCUCUGAUUUUGACACCCACUUAUUUUUCGAAAAUUCAAUCCGCGGCGGCCUCACACAAGCAAGUAUGAGGUACGCUAAAGCUAAUAAUGAAAAAACCCAAGAUUAUGACCCAACAAAGUCAAAAUCGUGGAUAGUUUACCAAGAUUGUAACAAUUUGUACGGGUGGGCAAUGUCACAGCACAUGCCAUACGGUGACUUUAAAUGGGUGGAGCCUAAGUUAGAUGGAUUAGAUGCUUUGACGCCGACGUCAGAUAUAGGCAGAGUGUAUGAGGUAGACAUAUCAUACCCUAAUGAACUCCAUGACUUACACAACGAUCUUCCAUUUUUACCUGAGAACAAAAUUCCUCCUGGUUCAAAAGUGAAAAAACUUAUGGCGACACUUCAUUCAAAAAAAAAUUACGUAAUCCAUUAUCGAAACCUGCAGCAAGCCAUAGCAAAUGGUUUAAUUGUAGAAAAAGUACACAGAGUUUUAGAGUUCAAACAAUCGGAUUGGCUUGCAAAAUACAUUAAAUUAAAUACCGAAAUGAGGAAGAACGCAAAGAAUGAAUUCGAAAAGGAUUUCUUCAAACUCUUAAACAAUGCAGUUUUUGGGAAAACUAUGGAAUCUUUACGGAAACGUUUUAAGAUGGAACUAGUUUCAUGUCCACAAAGAUUACAAAAACUCAUCAACAAGCAAACAUUUAAACACUGUACGACGUACAGUGAAAAUCUUGCUGCUGUCUCAUUGGAAAACAAAAUUAUCAUGUUUAACAAACCAAUAUAUAUAGGUUUUGCAGUAUUAGAUAUCAGUAAAACCAUGAUGUACGAUUACCAUUUUAAUGUAAUGAAGGCACAUUAUGGCGAUAAUAUCAACCUCUUGUAUACAGAUACAGAUUCACUGAUAUAUCACAUUAAGACUGACGAUUUUUACAAAGAUUUGAAGUGCAAUUCAAACUUACUUGACCGGAUGGAUACUUCAGAUUUACCGAUAGACCAUCCAUGCUACAUUUCCGAACGAAAGAAAAUUCCAGGAUUGUUCUCCGAUGAGGGAAAGGGACAGCUAAUUACCCAGUUUAUCGCGCUUCGAGCAAAGUCAUACGCUUACAUUUUGAACGACAAGGAGAAAAUUAAGGCAAAACACUACGCCUAA